UCACUAGCAAAAAACCAACCCCUGAGCAUACAACACACCAAAAAACAACAGAAAUCAAUGUUCCAAUUUAUACAACUGCACCCACAACUCAAUUGAUGCCGACAAUUACAAAAGUCAUCACAACAGAACAACCUACCAUGGAACACCCAACGACUGAAAAAACAACUCAAAUUAAUGUCCCAAUUUACACGACCGAACCGACAACUCAAAAAAUGCCAACAAUAACAAGCAAAAUAACUACUGAAAAACCAACCACUGAGCAUCUUACAACAGAGAAGACUACUGAAAUUAAUGUCCCAAUAUAUACCACUGAAUCCACAACUCAAAAGAUGCCAACAAUUACAAAAAUCACUAGCAAAAAACCAACCCCUGAGCAUACAACACACCAAAAAACAACAGAAAUCAAUGUUCCAAUUUAUACAACUGCACCCACAACUCAAUUGAUGCCGACAAUUACAAAAGUCAUCACAACAGAACAACCUACCAUGGAACACCCAACGACUGAAAAAACAACUCAAAUUAAUGUCCCAAUUUACACGACCGAACCGACAACUCAAAAAAUGCCAACAAUAACAAGCAAAAUAACUACUGAAAAACCAACCACUGAGCAUCUUACAACAGAGAAGACUACUGAAAUUAAUGUCCCAAUAUAUACCACUGAAUCCACAACUCAAAAGAUGCCAACAAUUACAAAAAUCACUAGCAAAAAACCAACCCCUGAGCAUACAACACACCAAAAAACAACAGAAAUCAAUGUUCCAAUUUAUACAACUGCACCCACAACUCAAUUGAUGCCGACAAUUACAAAAGUCAUCACAACAGAACAACCUACCACGGAACACCCAACGACUGAAAAAACAACUCAAAUUAAUGUCCCAAUUUACACGACCGAACCGACAACUCAAAAAAUGCCAACAAUAACAAGCAAAAUAACUACUGAAAAACCAACCACUGAGCAUCUUACAACAGAGAAGACUACUGAAAUUAAUGUCCCAAUAUAUACCACUGAAUCCACAACUCAAAAGAUGCCAACAAUUACAAAAAUCACUAGCAAAAAACCAACCCCUGAGCAUACAACACACCAAAAAACAACAGAAAUCAAUGUUCCAAUUUAUACAACUGCACCCACAACUCAAUUGAUGCCGACAAUUACAAAAGUCAUCACAACAGAACAACCUACCACGGAACACCCAACGACUGAAAAAACAACUCAAAUUAAUGUCCCAAUUUACACGACCGAACCGACAACUCAAAAAAUGCCAACAAUAACAAGCAAAAUAACUACUGAAAAACCAACCACUGAGCAUCUUACAACAGAGAAGACUACUGAAAUUAAUGUCCCAAUAUAUACCACUGAAUCCACAACUCAAAAGAUGCCAACAAUUACAAGUAUGUUAAUUUUGUACUAUUUUUAUUAG